CCUUCAACAUCACAGGUUGAUAAGCAGCUGCAGAAGCUUCGAAUAACACCAGCAAAACCAGUAAUAGAAAGGCGUCGUCACAUGUUGGGUGCAGUGCCGAAGCGCAUAUCUCUCCCGGAAAACUUGGAAUUUCAACCGCAAAAAUUGCUGAACAUUAAGCAGAGUAUACACGUGGAGAAGCGAUUAGGUGCUGUAACGCAAGAAGUCAAUCCAGAAGCCAAAUCCGCACUCAAAGUGCGCUUUAAGCAGAAGCAAAUGAAAACUCGUAUGCAACUAUUUCGUCAGCAGAGCUAUCAAAUGGCGCAGAAGCACAGCAUUUUACCAUCAGUGUCGACACCACUGCGUGUUGAGGAACCAUCCGGAGUACCGCUUUCACCAAUCGAAGACCACAGAUCUUUUGAUGAAGAAACUAUGGAUGUUUGCUAA